AUGGCAAAGCAAACCAAUAGCAGACGUCGGCUUUUGAUGGCAGGAUGGGCAAUGCUGGUCCUAAUGGCUUUGACAAUGCCAAUGAGUGUUACUGGGCAAGAGGGUGAAGCUGUGCAUCACGAGGAAGCUGUCCACGAAAGCGCCGAGGAACCACCAACCCCUGCGGAGCCUGUUGUGGAAGAUUCAGCCAAUCCUCCAGUUCCCGUGGAACAAGCCGAGCCACCAACACCACCUACCCCUGAAGAGGAACCUGAGCCAGAACCUGAGCCAGAACCCGAGCCGGAGCCAGAACCCGAGCCAGAACCGGAGCCGGAGGUAGUGGAAGAAACCACCACUACUACGUCUACUGAAGCCAGUAGUACUUCAAAGAUCCCUGGUGCUCUGAAGAAAAAAUGUACCGAAGUGGUCGAUCGAGUCAAGGGUAUUAGCCAAUCGGAUGCCAAGAAGAUUGCUGCCGCAGUCGUUGGUGUCUGGGGUGUUAGUGCUGGUGUCGGAUGGAUUGCGCAAAAUGCCAACAACAAUGGCGCUCCUCAAAACAAGAAGAAAUAA